AUGGUUGCUGGGGAGAGGCACGUGAAGAGGAGGCGGCGUGAGGCGACCACGGCGGGAGGAAUGAAAGUGGCGGUCUUACCGGCAGUUGGUGUGGGGCCCUGGGGCUGCGGGGCUGGAGGCCGUGGGGGCGGCGGGGUAGUGCGGCUGCUCCUGAUCCUCUCCGGCUGCUUGGCCUGCGGCUCAGCUGGAGUUGAUGUAGACGUGGUCAUGCUUCAGGAAUCCAGAGUUUAUAAGUUGGAUCACAGGCAACAGUUCUGUUAUAAAAAUGUGCUUAUCCCAAAAUGGCAUGAUGUGUGGACACGGAUACAGAUCCGAGUAAAUAGUUCCAAACUGGUACGAGUCACCCAGGUGGAGAAUGAAGAGAAACUGAAGGAGUUAGAGCAGUUUAGUAUCUGGAACUUUUUUUCCUCCUUUUUAAAAGAGAAAUUGAAUGACACCUAUGUUAACGUGGGCCUAUACAGCACAAAAACCUGCCUCAAAGUCGAGAUUAUAGAGGAAGACACCCAGUACAAUAUCAUCGUGACCCGGAGAUUUGACCCCAAACUCUUCUUCAUUUUCCUCCUUGGACUUAUGCUAUUUUUUUGUGGAGAUUUGUUGAGCAGAAGCCAAAUCUUCUACUAUUCCACUGGGAUGAGUGUGGGAAUUGCGGCCUCUCUACUAAUUGUCAUUUUCAUACUGUCCAAGUUUAUGCCCAAGAAAAGUCCCAUUUACGUCAUCCUGGUGGGAGGCUGGUCCUUUUCUCUGUACCUCAUUCAGCUAGUUUUAAAAAAUUUACAAGAGAUCUGGAGGUGUUACUGGCAGUAUCUUUUAAGCUAUGUCUUCACAGUUGGAUUCAUGAGUUUUGCAGUCUGUUACAAGUACGGGCCUUUGGAGAAUGAACGAAGUAUCAACCUGCUGACCUGGACCUUGCAGCUGAUGGGCCUAUUUUUCAUGUACUCCGGUAUCCAGAUACCACACAUUGCCCUGGCCAUUAUCAUCAUUGCACUGUGUACUAAGAACCUGGAGUACCCUAUUCAUUGGCUGUACAUCACCUACAGAAAGAUGUGUAAGGCAACAGAAAAGACUGUCCCCCCUCGUCUCCUGACAGAAGAAGAAUAUCGGAUACAAGGAGAAGUGGAGACCCGAAAGGCUUUAGAGGAGCUUCGAGAAUAUUGUAACAGUCCAGACUGCUCUGCUUGGAAGACUGUUUCUCGAAUCCAGUCUCCAAAGAGAUUUGCUGACUUUGUGGAAGGUUCUUCUCACCUCACACCCAAUGAGGUUUCUGUCCAUGAGCAGGAAUAUGGAUUAGGGAGCAUCAUUACCGAGGAUGAAAUCUAUGAGGAAACAUCCACUGAAGAGGAGGACUCAGAUUCUCGGUAUCCCGCUAUCACACAACAAAUCACCUCCUGACUUAGGUGGUAGUCAGUCAUUUUUAUGUGGACUGGCUUGGUACCUCAAUGGUCCAUGUUGCUUGUGUGCACCGUUGCUUCUCAACUCCUUGAAACAGGGUGAGAUGGUGCAGAAAUUCUCCGGCUGAAAUUAGAGGCCUGAGUAGGCCUCCCUCUGGAAAUGGUCUUGGUGGUCUCUGUGGGAUCCCUGAGGGAGAAUGGGUGAAGUCGUGAAUGCUUUCAAUGCUUCCCAUGGGUUGUUGGCCCACCUGUGUUUCAAAAACAAAAAACUGGAUGGCCACAGCUAGCGCGGUGUUCUAGCUCCUCUUAAAGAUCGACUCGGUGGUGGUAUUUCUGCCACCAAAGCUGGCACUCAGAAGUGAGAACUGUUACGUGUGCAGUAACUCUUUCGGACCCUAGGCUGCGUCUUCCAGAGAGAAAUACGCAAAUCUGAGCCUCCUUCACUUCUGCUUUUCUUUCAGUGACUUUAGAAUAAUCCUUGUUUUAGCUGUUUUAAGAGGAAAAUAGAUUUUUAUUUCUGUCUUGUUUUUUAAACAAAUAUAUUUUUUUAAAUAUAACAAAUUCAUGUUCCAGAACGAGCAAGUGCUCCAGAUUGACAAGCCCAUAGGUCCCUACAUGUUUAUUAAUAUGGAUUAUCCAGUAAAGCCCCAGAAUUGUUGUGUUGGGCUUUGAAUUAGUUCUCACACGUUUGUCUAAAUCUUGCUUGCUUUUAGGAACAUGCCUGUGAACCCUUCUAUAGGGGAGGUCUGUCAGGCUUUUUAUUAUAUCCAAGUUUUAAUUCUAUCUUAAGACAUUUGCAUUCUUCCCUUCCCAUUCUUCCUUGCCCACUUUUGCCCUUUCAGGAAGUGUCUAUUUCCUCAACUGUGAAGUAUGUACAGUUUAGAGUUUGUUUCAUUUCUUAUAUUCUCUUCCCCUUUGUUUGUAGCAUUAUUCCUGCAAGUAGGGAGAAGUGAUCAUUUUUUAGAGAAUUUAAAUGCUUUUUACAUGCCCUCCAUUUUUCCUGUCAGUGGGACACAUAUCUUUGAGUUGCUGUGGAAUCAAGAACCUCUCUCCUUUUCCUUUCUCUUCCUUUGUCUACCCAUUCUACGUGUUCUUUUCAGCCUCUCCUUACCACCUGUACUCCCCCCGCCCCCAAAUCUGGCUACUUUGUAAGCCCUGAGACUAUCUGGGUCGUUUCCUUGAUGCAACAUAAAACUGUAGCUUUGUAACGGCCACAGUCCACAUUGCCACGAAAUAGACCUCCAGGUUAUCUUCAUGCCUCUGGGUGUUCAUUCACCUUUCAGGAUCACAGUUUUCUGUGCAUUUAGUACACUUAUUUGCAGUUCCAUUUCUGACUAGAGAUUCAUGCUGCCUUUUAUUACAGUGGCAUUAGUUCCAGAUUCUUUUGCCAUUGGAAAGUACCCUUAUAAACCAGCAGUGUCAUUUAUGAGGGAGCAAAUUCCCAAGUCUCUGUCAUUUGCUUGGUUCUGUCUUGGUGAUCUUCACCCCCGUACCUUGGAAGAGGCUAUAAUGACUCUAGCCAGGAAUAUAGGCCCUGACGGCCGGAGCACAGCAUCAGGCUCACUGGUGUACUGUGAUCAUGGAGACGGCAGAUGAUUUUUUAUAAAACUGUAAUGACUCCUUCAGACCAGUCACUUAACAGAUAAUCUUGAAAGGCCCUGGGCUCAUUGCCAACUUCCAAAAUGUCAGCUCUGAGACUCCCCUCCAGGUGGCCAGUUGAUUAUUACCACCAGUGUUUUCCACAGCUUUAAACUGUCCAAAAGUGGCUACUGCCUCAGUUGGCAGCAAAUACACAUACAGUAGAAAGUGGAAACACAGUAUUUGGUCAGAUGCUAUGGGUUAAAGUUGCAGGGCAAAGGAGCUUUAUAUUGGGAAACCUUUAUGCCUUUGUAAAUUAUGUACGUGGUCAAAUUUUAUCCCUCUGCAGAGAACUGUAAAAUAAUUCAUCUGUACAGGUGGUCUUAGGAUUACCCGGGGACUUUGGUGCCUUCCCCCAGAAAGCUCGUUUGGGAGGUGGUGGCUUGCCUCCAGGUGACUUUCCCUGCCCUGCCUCUUAUCUUUAUCUCGGUGAGAAAGCACUGUGAAGCAGGGAGAGAGUCUCCUCUUUUUUUGUUUCGUUAAACUCCUUGUGAAAUCUCGUUUCCACCUCCAGACCACUUUUUUUUUUUUUUUUACCGUGUUUGAACUUGGGGCAAGUAAGAUCAAACUCCGUUUAUUACUCCGUGUCUGUAGUGGGAGACCUGAGCUGUAGGCGGUGGAGGUGACCGUGGGUCCUGCAGCGUGACAGCUUCUCUGAGACCGGGAAGGACGAGGGUGCCUUUGGUGUGCUGUGUGUCCUUGCUCUGCUCCAGAUGCUUCAGAGCCUCCAAGUGCCCACAGAUCGCUUGACUCCAUAAGCCUUCUUCGGGGGCUGCUCUUGUCUCCUUCUUGGCCACUUAGUCUGCUGGCUCAGUCACUACUUGAAGCCCCCACUUAAUUUUCUCUGGCAGUUACCUCUUGCGAUUCAGCAUAGUCUCAUCUCUCCGACUGAUCUCAUCAAAAAGGAUUGAGGGGAUAACCAUGGAGUGAGCUGGACAUCGGAGCCAUGUCUGCUGCCAUGUCAGCAUCUUGCUCGCAAAUAUCAAGCUGUAAAUUGGCCCUAGGGCGCAGGGUCUCUUCAGCAUUGGAAAUCUAUCACCUCUAAUUGGUCUGACCAAGUUAUGUAGAGCAUGACUGCCAUUAAUGGGAAUAUGAGAGCCAGCUGGCCUAAAACAUUUCCCCUCCACUUUCCCACUCAGAUUGCUUUCACGAGACCAAUGGAACCAAUCACCAAAAAUAAGGACAGUUUAGCAACUUGGAUGUCUUCUAAUAAGAAAGUCCUAUCAGCCACUUCAUCCCACCAAAACUAGUUUAUUUUCUCCUCCCAGGUCCAAGCCUUUUAUGUCUGUUACAAAGGGGGAGGGAUUGCUAAUCAUAGUCUUUGGGUCCCAGUGUUCUAUUUUGUGCUGAUACAUCCCAUUCAAGGCCUAGCCCUCUCUUCACUGACUGUGUUACUGUGUUCCCUUCAACCCAAUUCCCACCUGGCAUAUACGUUAGAGAUCUGAUGAAUGAAAGGACCCAAAUAGGCCAGAUAGUCCUCCCUGUCCCUGAUAUCCAUAAAAAGCUUGGAAAUGGAUUAUGCAAUUGCCCUCAAUCUUUUUGUUCCAGAAAAAAAGAUGGGCUCAGAUGGAUGCCUGCAUAAAAAUGGUUCUUAGCUGUUUACUCAUAACUUUUCUCUGAAUUGAAUAGUGAAAGUUGAAGUAGGAGGAAAGGAAAUUAAAUGUCCUUCUAGUAUUCCUUUGGACUCAGGUCUGACAUAUGAGAUAAUAACCUAUAUUGAAAUGCCAAGAACUUUAUCUCAACCAAGGAGAGGACCGUUUGACAGAUUUAUUAUGCCUUCAUGUUACAUAGGCACUGAAGCCGAGUAAUAAACAUAUAAAAUAGCCAUUUGCACAAGGCAAAUGCAAGUAAAACCUCUUGUUUAUGUUUUGAUGUAGCAGAAAUUGAUUAUUAUGUUUAGGGAAACCUAUGCAGUUAUGGUGAUCCAGUGGUAUCUCUUGGUAACUUAGCUCACGGACCUAGUUGCUGUUGAGUUGGAUUCUAGAUGGUUACUACCUUGAAAAGGUGUUUGGUGCCUUAUGUGAUGGGAGCCAGUGCCUGCUAGGAAUAAACAAAGCAGAUUCCUGUCCACAUCAAUACACAUAAGCUUUAGUGGGGAAUGGGAGUGGCACACACACAGCCUCCCCCAGAUUUGGGACUUUUGUCUCCCCAUCCCCUGCCAGUGUGUGUCAUCUUCCUCUUCACACCCUUGACAGUAACUUGAAAAUGGUGGCUCAUCUUCUCUGAACUUUGCUGCAGAUGGGCGGCCUUCGCAUCACGUUAGUAUACUAGAGAGCUCAUAAUGUGAGUAUUAGAACUGUUGCAGCCUGCCAUUGCCUCAGUUUCCCAUGUUUGUGGAAUUGAUGGUGAAAUAGCAGGGCUAAGGAAUUCCUGGGUAAGUUUUAGCCUGUGGGUAAUGCCUUAGUGUUGUUUUAAAAGAUUUGUCAUUUAUAUUUAAAAUAAAUGUUCACAAAUGUUUGAAAGGAACAAAACGAUCAGGGAUGGCUCUUUGCCAUGGGUCUCAUUUUCGCUCUUUUCUGUAAGAAAAAAUAACAGUGUCUUAUUAUAUAUUUUUUCAUUUUUAUUGUACAAGUUUGUAAGUAAUCCCAAUUUUAAUAAAGUUUU